AUGGAGCAUCAGCCGAAGCGUCAGCCAGCACGCUCGCGCGUGUCGUUCCAAGAGCUGCACCUGCAGAGAACAUGCUCGGGCACAGAUCAUUCGCGCGACGACUACUUCUCGGCGGAUGGCAGCGAGGACGAGUUCGAAGAUGGGACGGCCUCGACCAUUUCGAGACGUCGCGCGUCCCUGUCCAUACGCAUACCUCCUUCGCAAGCCAGAGCUGACAUGGCCUUCACGGCGCUGCAGUACCUACCCAUGCCAGUAUUGGUCCUAUCGAGCGCAAAGACAGUCGUACUCGCCAACGAAGCUAUCGGCAGGCUGCUCGGCAUCGACCCCGAGAUCGAGCACGACGAAACUGACGAGGGAACGAGCCCUCUCGAAAGAUCGGCAAGCCGGGAGCUCAGGACUGCAACAGACGCUCUGUAUGGCGUCACACUAGGUCAGCUGGGUCUCGACCUGUUCUCGGGCGGCAAUGCUGUGUUCAUGGCUUGGGAAGAGUUCUUGAGUACUGUCGUAGACGAUGCUGCCAAGGCGCAAAGCAGCACGACAUGUUUGAAUACACAUCUUGAGAAGUCGCGCGAUCAGGAUUCAACUCCCACUGGCUCUCACCACAGACGUUCCGUGUCCACCAGCAGCUCCUCGCAGUGGAGCUCUUCCACCGCUGGGACGCGCACCGAGGUCCACGACGCUAUCGUGGAUGUUGUCUUCUCGACACACCGUGAUGCAAAGACUGGUCUCCCGCUGACAAGCCGCACGCAGUUGGCGGACCAUGUACAGGCGCAGAUGAUCGUGUCCGUAUGGGCUGCGGAGGACGAGCAAUACUUCACUCUCACGUUCACUUCUACAUCUUCGAGUCCGCCAUCGUCCGAAGGUAGCAGCACGAAGACUACCAGCAGAACCGUGUCUAGAACACCAACUAGCUACUCCAAUAGCGUGCCCUCUGGCCUUAGUUCUGGAUCCAGCUCGUCCUCGCACCACACUGGAAGACCACAGUCUGCCCAUGUACGAAGCCCACCUAUCUCAACUUAUGCCAGUCCUACCACAAUACCUAAGAUGGACUUUCCACCUCGGGGACCGCCCGCCAAGGCUUCUCAAUCAUCAGCGCCCACCAUCUUUCACAAGACCACGAAGCUCAAAGAAGCUUUGUUGAACAGCAUGAACAUACCGGCUUAUGCUAUGUGGAAGGAUGAAACUUUCGGAGUCCCCAACAAAGCAGCCAUCAAGCUGAUCUACCCUUGGAUAGAAGAUGGCAACUUCGACUCGAAUGAACAGGCACGCGACUUCUUAUCACGGUACACACUUUACAGGGGAGACUUCUCGGAAGAAGUGCCUCUUGACGACUUUCCCAUCAUCAAGCUGAUGCGGGAGAAGGAGCGCUUUGAGGGCUACCGUAUUGGGAUGUACAGCGUAAAAGACGGAAGCCGAAUGCUGUUCGACGUGAGUGGCGAACCCAUUGUGGACGAUAAAGGAGAGUUCCUCGGUGGUCUGGUUUUGUUCCACAACGUGACCGACUACGCACGCAUCAUCUCUCGGCAGCAACUCCAGAAUGAGCAUCAGUUCGAGAACAUCUGCAACCUCAUCCCUCAGAUGAUUUGGAGGACCACUCCUGAAGGAGCCCACGACUACUACAAUGACCGAUGGUACGACUAUACUGGUCUCACUGUAGAAGAAAGCGGAGGCGAAGGCUGGCUCAACGCCUUCGAUCAAGAUGAUCUUCAGGUAGUCGCUCCAAUUUGGGAACACAGUCUCGCCACUGGCGACGAAUAUCGAGUCGAAUACCGCUGCCGGCAGUACAACGGGGAGUAUCGAUGGAUGCUUGGCCGUGCAACACCGAUGAGGGAUGAGAAUGGCAAGAUCGUCAAGUGGUUUGGAACAUGCACAGACAUCCACGAGCAGGUCGUCACACGCGAAGAAGCCAAGCAAACUCAAAGCCAACUGUCACAAGUCAUCGAGCAUGGUCAAAUCACUCUUUGGGCCGUCGACAAGGAGCACAAGUUACUGCUGGCCGAGGGAAAGCCCAUGCACACGAACGGUGCGGUCGAUUCCUACCAUGGCAAGAACGAGUGGGUGGGCAAGACCAUGUGGGACAUUUUCGAUGCUCAAGGCCGCACCAGUGAGCGUGAAAGCUUUGAGCGUCCUGUCCGAGACAUCAUUGCUGGGAAGAUUGCCGAGCACACGUUUGAAUCGCAGAUUGUCACAACGGGACGCUGGUACAGGACCCGAAUGUAUCCCUUGUUGCGACAAGAGCGGACAGGCGGCAUCGAAGGCGAGGACUACAUCGAUGGCGUGGUGGGUGUCAGUAUGGAUGUCACCGAGCUUCGCGAUGCAGCAGUACAGGUUGCUAAGCGCAAUGAGGAGAACGCUAGACUCAUGGCCCAAAGCGUUGCUGCCAAGGAAGCAAGCAAGAUGAAGAGUCAGUUCUUGGCUAACAUGUCGCAUGAAAUCCGGACCCCAAUUGCCGGUGUCAUCGGCAUGUCGGAGCUACUUCUGGACGACGACUCUGGCGAGCUCACCCAGGAACAGCGCGAAUGUGCUGAGAAUAUUCAACGAAGCGCGAACGGCCUUCUCACGGUGAUCAACGACAUUUUGGACUUCUCCAAAGUUGAGAGCGGCCGUCUAGAUAUCGAGGAGGUCCAAUUCGAUCUUUCCGUUGUGAUUAGAGACGUCAACAAGAUGUUGAGCUUUGCCGCCGAACGGAAGGGUUUGAAGUACAUCGACGACAUUCAGCACCUGAAGUCGUGGAAAGUGAUGGGCGACCCUGGUCGUUUGCGACAAGUCAUGACGAACCUGUUGACGAAUUCGAUCAAAUUCACGAGCGAAGGCAGUGUUGCCAUGAAGGUCAAGGCACAAAAGGAAACCAGCGACAUGGUGGAAGUGCGUUUCACUGUUGAGGACACUGGCAUUGGUAUAGAGGAAGAGGUGCGGAAGAGGUUGUUCAAGCCAUUCUCACAGGCUGAUAGCUCGACUGCCCGAAGAUUCGGUGGCACAGGGCUUGGAUUGACCAUUUCAAAGAACUUGGUGGAGCUCAUGCACGGCCAGAUCUCGCUGACGUCAGAACUUGGUUUGGGCACGAAGGCGACCUUCUCGAUACCUUUCAAGAAAGCGCCGUAUCAGAGCAGUCAAUCGCCGCUGGUUGAAGUGGGUUCGAUUCCAGACAGGCUACAGUCUGAGGUUUCUGUCUCAAGGCCAGCCUCUGACCACAGUGCGCCAACAACACCAACAACGCCCAAGCUGCAGCUUCAUCGACGAGAACCAUCCAUACCUGGCAUCCCUGGAUUUUCCUGGCCAGCAGGUAGGUAUACGGAGCAGCAGUACCUCACGGAAGAGGAGCGCCAGUCGGUGAAUGUCUUAGUCGUUGAAGACAAUGCCAUCAACCAGCAGAUUGCGCUCAAGACGAUCAAAAAGCUUGGCUUUCCGGUCAGAGCGGUGUGA